AUGAAUAAUUCAAAAAUCAUUAAAUCUAUCAAACAUCAAAAUCAUUACACUGCCCACGAUUCAUUAGAUAGUAUUCAAAAACUUUUUCAUUGUACUCUAGAUAUCAUUGUUGUUGUUUUUAUGCAACCAAAAAUCGAAUACAAGUCGUUGUCCAAAACCACAACAACUACAACAAAUUCCUGUUCAACAACAAUAAAUAAUAGUACAUCUCCGAGUUUAAUUAUAAAAAAUAAUAGAAUUCCAUCUCAACCUCCAUCUCAACCACAAUCUCCACAUUUUUCACCACAAAAUCAAUCUUUAUCUUCACCAAUAGAUAGUAAUAAUAAUAACAGUAGCAAGAAGAAUAAUUGUAAUAAAAAUAAUAAUAAUAGAAAUAUAGAUUUAAAUUAUAAUAAUAAUAAUAAUAGUAGUAGUAAAAGUAAAAAACGUUUACAAUCAGAUUUUUAUUAUUCGAAUGAUCAUUUAGAGGAUUUAAAACAACAGCAACAGCAAUAUCAAUAUCAUCAUAAGCAACAACAACAACAACAACAAAAACAACAACAACAACAACAACAACAAUUUUCACCUUAUCAAUCAUAUAAAUCAGUAAACUCGGCAAUAGUAGGGUCUAACGCACCAAUUCCAACACUCGAUCACGACCAUCACUGUCUUUCGACGAUACCAAGCAAAGCACCACGCCCAUCCUACCAAAUUCACUCACCAAAAUCACACAAGUUGGCACCCACUACCUUUAUUCCAAUCUCACCAAACAGUGGGAAACAACUAGCGCAACCACAUGCUGCUGCCAUUCAUAAAUCAGUCUCCUCCGACUCUGAUGAAUAUUACCUUAGUAUUUCCAAUGACUCCAAUCGAGGAGAAGAAAAUGUUUUAGAUUUAAUAUUUUCACAACUAUCAUAUACUGAUAGAUGUACAUGUGCAUGGUGGAUCGACUAUCUCGAACCUGCAUGUUUCUCAAGCGACCUAUCAAAGGUGACACUCAGGGUGUUUCACAACUCCACACCGGAGCAACCACCUCCAGCAACAGCAGCGGCAGCUACAAUCAUCAACCAAAGCAGCUCACCACUGACCAGCCAAACCGCUUCGACAUGCACCUCUACAGAUCCUGCAUAUGCAAAUCUUACACCACAACUCCAACACGAAUGCACCGUCAAUCAUGGAUUCUCUCGUGACUAUCAACAGCAACGCAGCCACUUCUUUGACUUGGAGAAGCCACUGGCACUGCCGUUCCACGAUCUUGGUGCUGUCAUUCCUCUCUCCAUUCUCUCAUCUCUAUUGAACAGCAAGAUUAAGGAACUGAAAAUACGAGUUUGUAUCGAUCUACCUUAUUCAAAGAAAAAGGAAGACGACUAUUUCAAAAAAAUUGUAAAAGUAGAAAAUCUCUCUGAAAUUGGAUUACUCACUCAUGAUCCUUUAGAUCCAAGUUUCAGUGCAGCAUGUAAAACUAGUCAAACUAUAUUGGAUAAAGUUUUUUCAACUUUAUUCGCAUCACCUCUCACAUUUAUUAAUCUUAGAAGAUUUCAUUUACCUAGUCUUGAAGGACUUCAUCUAUCUGUUUGGAAUCAUGACUUGGUGAAGCUAUUCGAAGAUAUCACUGGCAUCUUUGGUACCAAACUCAAAGAGCUUGGUAUUCGAUUCACAACUUGUAACGGUAUAAAAUACUCGACUUCCUUUUCACACAGGGAUAGAAAACUCGAAGAUUCAAUGGUUGAGCUACUAGCCACCAAAUGUCCAAACUUGACACACUUUUCAUUUGAAGGUUGGCUUUCAAAUCUAUCAGAUUCCUCACUUAAAUCAUUUGGAAAGCUAAAUUUAAAACAUUUUGUAUUAAAGAAUGGAUUGGAUUCAAGAGUUUGUAGACCUAUUUGGGCAAGAUUAAAGUUGGAUCCAGAUAAUAUUGGAUAUGACAUGAUAUCAGAGAAGGAGUUGAAAAUGUUUAUUCUUUCACAAACCAAUCUAAAGGUAUUCGAGAUAUCGGCUUCAGAGAUUGAUAAAUUCAUCUCUGUCACACCGAUCACGAUUGAACCUCACUCACCAUCAUCAUCGUCGAGCAAUACCGCUUCUCUCAUGUACAGAAAUAUGAUAUCGGAUGAUUUUAUCAAUAGUAUUUUGGAUGGAUGCUCAAAGAUUCAGUAUAUAAAGAUCGUUGACAAUACCAAUUAUCGUACCUAUCUACGAGGCAAUCGCUCCAAGGUAUCACAGCAACAACAUCAACCCUACAGCUUCCAGUAUGGUAACUACAACAACGAUUACAGCAACAACGAUCAUCACGCUCACCAAUCUUCUAUGCCUCAUUUCCAUUUUCACCCUAAUCAAACAGUAGAUAAGCGAGAACUUUUAAAUUUAUUUCAAAUAAAUUAA